AUGUCGAUUCCUUCAACGUUUGAUGCGGUCAAAUCGCAUUUAGAUCAAGUACAACAAACACCGUCCACGGCGUUGGAUGUUGCGCUCAUCGAGAAGUUGCAACUGCAGCUGGUUGAAUCGACCAACCCUGCGGUUCCUGCCACUCUCUUGUCCCAGAUCUCAACUCUUUUGCCUGUCUUGCAAGAAGAUCCUACACCUCUAACCACUCUAGGUAUCAAAGCCACUACAUACUUCAGCUUUACUGACCUCCAAUCUGUCGAUCCUCCCAUCAACCUCAUCGCUGGCUUCAAGGCCCCGUCACCACCCAUCAAUCUUCUCGCCCUAUCCUUACUAGCCAAAGCCGGCCAAUCCUCAAGUGAAGCUGCCAUAGUUGCAGGGGAACCUGAACUGGUAGCUUCACUUGUUGAAGUAUGGCUCUCCACCUCUUCGACUGAAGUCGCGCAAGCUGCACUUGAAACGUUAUGGGCACUCUUGGAGGUUGAUGCUGCCAGUCAUCUGGAAACCGGGGAGCGUGAAUCCCCCAGCGAACAUGCCCAAGCAGGACAGGGCCUUAUGUGGAGGAGAGUGUUCAAGGAUAAGGAUGUCUAUGGGCUAUUGUUUGGACUAUGCAGCCUACAGAGUGAUGCCUCUGGAGAUUUGUCUAAGCGCGAAAGGACUAUCGCCCAGGGGAGGCUUCUUGCACUCUUGGAAAAAGCCGGAAAGCUUCGAUGGGACAUAAUCUCGACUGCACAAGUUCCAGAAAUCGAGACCAAAUACAAGAGCACCAGCAUCCUACAUUUUGCAACUUGUCAGAUGAUCCAAGAGAGCGAUGUUCUGAUGCAUAUGACACUCCUCAGCUUCUUUCGUGACAUUCUGGAUAUCGAAGCACCAGGUCUCCACGCUCGUAGCUAUGUGCACUCAGCUUCAACUUUCUCGUCUCCCGCUCUCGACUUCCUGGUGGCACAAAAGCUGCAUUUCAAGGUGCUAAGCUAUUAUCUCGAUGACUCAAAGCUUGAUCCCGUUGAUUUGAUCUAUCUAUCCGGUCCAGUCAUGGCAUAUGUCUCGCGGUAUGCAGAGCUGUACCCGAACCACUUGUUGCAGAACCCUGCUACUCUUCUUGAUGGGAUUGUGUCAACCAUCAACAGAUCCCUCACCAUUCCUGCCACGCAAUGGGCACACGGCGAAACCCCUACUGGACAUUUGGCUGUUCUAGCCUCACUUCCUCGAGUGCUUCUUGUGGAGGCGGGCAAGCAUGGCGCCAACCCGGUUCUAGCCAUCCCCACUGAUCCUGCAAAUGCUGAAGCUCUGGAUGUACUAGCAAAGAUUUUCCAUGGACCACAACGAAACCAGACACCUGAUUCAAUGGAUUUGAACAAUUCUGGUCAGACUCCAACUGACUGGGACCACGAAGCAGCCGCGGCGCGCAUCCUCUACUUCCUCUACCUCAACCAACACCCUACCUUUUGGACCUCUGUGGUAGCAACUGCCGAUAUUUUAGUUAUGAAGGAUAUUGCCUUAUCAGCCAUCACUUUUAUGAGGGCCAUUGCCACAGCCAACUGGAAAACCUCCCCCCCCGCAUCCUCUCACACCAGCUCUUCGCGGUUCCAGCUACCGUCCGAAGAAAGUCUAGGCCAGCUAUCUCCAGCUACCAGUGGAUUCUUCCCCUCGUCGGGAGCAUGGGCAGUUCUUACCCCACCGGCACUGACAACGCUGCUGCCUUAUCUUUUCAGUCCACCCCGCUCAUACGCAGACUUUGUUGGAGGUGGUGCGGGAGAUUCACAGAAUGUUGUUUGGAAAGUUGCUACAGCUAAGCAUGAUGUUCUUGUGGCUUUGUUGAAUCGGUUGCGUGAAAGUGGAGGCCAGAUUGAAGGAUUUGACGAUAUUAUGCGGACCUUGCAACAGCGCGUAAACGAAGGACCCAUGGGCCCAGUGCAAUCUGGCGGUGCGCAAGUGCUGACCGCUGGAAGAUGA